AUCCUCAUUUCUGUAAACAGUCAAUGGAGCACGGUUCAUUCGAAGAUCAAUCACAAGCAACAUUCUCGCUGACAGAUGAGGACCAUACACUGGCAAAUGCUGUUAGAUUCUCUCUAAAUCAAGAUCCCAGAGUAACAUUUUGUGGUUACAGCAUUCCACAUCCCUCUGAUGCUAGAGUGAAUAUAAGGGUUCAGACUACUGGGGAUCCAGCAAGGGAGGUAUUGAAUGAUUCAUGUCAGGAUCUAAUGCUUAUCUGCGAGCACGUUAGAGGCACAUUUGAUCAGGCUGUUUUAAAGUUUAAAACCGGAAAAGGUCUGAGCGCUAUGGAUAUCAAGAAAUAAUUUGACCUAAUAGUUUAUAUAGCCUUCUGUUCAUCUGCAAUUUUUUUCCGUUUUGCAAACACGAGGAAACCUGUUAAUGUAAUUGCUCUAUUUAUUUGGUGCACUAAGUUGCUUUUUUUGCAAAAUCAUGCUAAAGAAUGCACCUUGGGUUGUAUGGCAAUAUUAAUCUGCACA